UGCUCUCCGCGACGCUACGAGUUCGAGCGCACGCACCAAGCAUCCCCGGGUUUUCCAAUCCUGCGCAAAGCAAGCUAGCCUGUUGAGCUUCUGUAUACGGUAUAGCAGGGCAGUGUCAAAGAAAUAGAGAGAAAAGUGGAGAGGCUUAUCGCCCAGCUACAGCAAAUGCGCGUCAGUGGUGCGCGGCGUGCGAUGUCAGAGAGGACGUACAGUUUUAGUGAUACGCUUCUAUUAUUGUCCUACUGAAGCAGAGGAAAUAAGCAUCCGUAGGACGAACGAUCCUGAUUGGAAUACGUACACCCACGCCUGCCACCGACUGACGCGCCAGCAAGAUCAAAGGCGCGUCUCAGUGUAAAGGAGAAAUCACUACUGUCGCUCUUCACUGUAAGAUAGGCACUGAUGGAGCAGGGCCCAUCUCUAGGGACGAUUGAUCUGAGAGGUGAUGCAUGUCCUCUUCAAUGAAAAAGCCGCUGAAUGAGAGGUGGACUAUCCCAGCUAUAAUGCAAUUGCCCCGUCGUAAGAGUUUUAUUGUUCGAUCCAGAGUCAGCAAGGACAGCAACUUAUGAGAAGAGUAAAAAGAGAGACUGCCCGAUGGCUUAAAAACGAUUUUCAACUUGCUGUCGAUAAUAUAAUAUUGCACGGGAUCUGCAGUACGUGAUUCCAACUGUACAAGAACCUGGGGAUGCUGGCUUUAAAAUUUUCGAAAAGGAUAGUACGCUUAAACCACUAAUUUGCGCCUGAGAGAUGGAAGCAUCUUGGUAUUCGCGGGUGCUAGCUCAUCAUCCAUUUGCAAUACUUAUUGCCGUUUUCGUAUUCUCUUCAACCUGUUUGAUUGUUCCAUUAACAACCAAAAAGUUUCCAGAUUUUUCCGAUCCGCAACUUGGAUUUGAGGCCCGCGGAACUCCCUUAGCGCAGAGAUUAACAGCAUGGAAAAAUUUACUCGAAUCUUCAAACCCCAGAGGAGACUUGGUGGACAACCCAUUAGAAUAUUAUUAUUACAUCCAAGAUAUUAAUCGACAAAACAAAGAGAAACUUAGUAAAGUAAAUCAGUCGUCUUCCACGAAGAAAAAAGCAAGAAAAAAUCACGGUAAAAAUAAAAAGUACAAUGACAAAACUAAGACUGCAAUCGAUAAGGAUGAUGAUAAAGAAGAAAAAAAUACGUGGGAAGAAUUAAUGAAGUUGAAAGCUAAAGAUCGCCAUAGUAUUGGCGAUAAGAAUAAUAAUCACAGUGGCGAUGAAGAAAAUGAAGACAAAGAAGAAUUUUAUGAGCAAGAGGGUCAUUUUGACGGUGACGCCGAUGGUUUUUUUUGUAACUUGCCAAGCUCGGCCUAUUCUAGAGUCGUUAUUAGUUCCAAAGAUCCAGAACAAAACUUGUGGUCAUUAGAGGGCGUUUUAGCACAGUGUCAUAUUGAUGCUGCAUUACGAGCAAGUCCACAUUUUCCUUCUCUUUGUCAGCGACAAUUAGAUCGCAAACAAAAAUGUUGCCGCAGUUGGUCUCCCGCGAAUUACGUAGCAUUGUUAUCAAAUCGUACUUCUUGCUUAGCAGUAACGGAACAAGAUUUAUUGAAAGUUGAAAGUAUUCUACAAAAAUGUUCUUAUUUUUAUAGAAAUCUUGAAUUAACGCCCGAUUGCGCGGAAAACACAAGGUGUCAACGAAGAGUUCCUUCGGUCUGUUAUAACUAUAAUGCAGCUUAUCAUUUGAUACAUUAUCUUCUGGACAUCGAAUUCCUCGUAACUAGUAAUAACACUACCAACAUGCAAUUACGUUCGGCCAUGAUUAUUCUACCCAUCGCUGCUAGUUCGGCAACAUUAGAUUUUUAUAAAGAUAUAAGUUCGAACAAUUUGAGUUACAAAAAGUUACAUGUUUCAGCAAUGCAACUUGGACUCAAGAGCACGCUUUUUGACAAACUUCUUAUUUCUGACUCAUUUCUUGUUUUGCUAGGUUUCGGAUUUGUGACAAUUUGUAUAUGGUCAUAUACGGGGUCGCUUAUAAUUACAGUUUCCACUAUUCUAGUAGUCAUUUUCAGUUUAGGAAUUUCUUACGCUUUCUACACCAUUAUUUUGAAAAUAAAUCACUUUCCAUUCAUGAAUUUGCUGGCUGUUGUCGUUGCGACUGGAAUUGGUUCAGAUGAUGCUUUUAUUUUUUGCAAAAUUUGGGAAUGUAAUAAGCGUCAAAAAUCUUUGAAUAAUAAUAAUGGUCUAACUCGUUUGGUGCAUGAAACAAUGAAGCACGCUGCUCCUUCGAUGUUUGUUACAACUUUGACAACGGCCGUAGCAUUUUUCGCAUCAAUUGUUAGUAAUGUUACUGCUAUCAACUGUUUCAGUCUUUUUUCUGGAAUCACGGUGAUAGCAAACUUUUUAUUGAUGGUGACCUGGCUCCCUGCAAGCGUAAUAAUAGCUGAACGUUGUGGUACCAAUAUAAUAUCACCAGCUAAUUUUAUAAUUCGUAAAAUCAUCCGACCAUUGAAACUAUUUUUUGAUAAAGUAGCGCAUUCGUUUGCAGAUUUUCUAGUAAAACUGGUUAUAUCAUUAAAAUGGAUUUGGUUUAUACUGUUUCUCUCUCUCGGUAUUGGAAGUUGCUUCGUUGUGUUUCGAUUUCCAGGACUUCAACUUCCUGACUCUCCAGAUUUUCAACUUUUCGACAGCUCACAUCUGUUUGAACAAUACGAUUUGAUUUAUUCAAAACGAUUUUGGUUCGAAAAAAUUGAGCAAGGUGAUGGUGGCGAUGUACUUCCGAUGCGAUUCGUAUGGGGUGUCAUGCCAGUAGAUAAUGGGAAUUAUUUAAAUCCAGAAUCACGUGGAACUUUAGAAGUAGAUGAUACGUUUGAUGUGACCACUCGCGAAUCCCAGGUUUGGUUACAAAAUUUUUGCAAAAACUUAAGACUCCAGACUUUCUAUCGAAGUACGCUUGGACCACUUUUACCGAAUUGCUUCAUUGAAUCACUUCAACCUUGGAUGGAACGUCGUUGCGAGGAUCCGAUCGACCCAAAAAUUGAUCGUUCACCUUGUUGUGAACGUAACACGUUCCCAUAUGAUCCGAAAGUACUUAAACAUUGUGCUGCUGAAGCAAUUGCUGAAAUACACCGAACUCCUUCUCAUCUUUGGAACUUUCGGUCACAGGGCAUUCAAACUGCGGGUCUUAAAUUUCGAAAGGAAAAUUAUACAAAUGUCGAUAGCAGUAUUAAUAAUAAUAAGAGUAAUAUCAUACAAUUAACUAAAGUCAUUCCAGAGAUUCAAGCUGUUAUUGUUGAAUACGAUAGUAAUUUUGCAUUUUCUCUGUCCUUCGCAGAGAUGGACAAGUUUUAUAACGAGGUUGAAAACUGGAUGCAAAACCAGCUUUUAAGUGCUCCUCCAGGUAUGAAAAAUGGUUGGUUUGUUAGUUAUUUGGAAUUUUAUGAACUACAGCGGACAUUAUAUGACGGAACCAUUUGGGCUAUAGUUGUUUCAAUGGGUCUUGCUCUAACUGUUUUAGCUCUUGUUACUUUAAAUCCAUUUGUCAGUCUGUAUGCGAUUUUAGCAGUUGGAUCUGCUAUUACUAUUACCGUAGCAGUAUUAAUUUUACUUGAAUGGAAACUCAACGUUUUAGAAAGUGUGGCUGUUACAACAGCGAUUGGUCUUGCUACAGAUUUCAGUUUGCAUUAUGGAGUAAGCUAUCGUGCAAGUACUGCAGAGCAUCGAUUAGAAAGAGUUAAAAUGGCUCUCGAACAAAUGGGAGGACCGACGUUAAUGGCAGCACUGACGACUGGUGCAGCUGGUGCAUUGAUGUUACCAUCGGGUGUUUUAGCAUACAUUCAAAUUGGUCUAUUCCUUGUAAUCAUUAUGGGAGUGAGCUGGAUAUAUGCAACGUUUUUCCUCUGCCCGAUGUUAGCCAUUGCCGGACCUUCGUAUCAUUUUGCACAAUUCAGAUACCCCAAGAUUCAACGAUCUCUAUUCAGUCUGAAUAGAAGAAUAGCGGACAAUCCACAUGAAAUCGAAAGUCACCAAUCUAUCAACAAAAAACGAAAGAAGCCUAAAGGGAUGGUCUCAGAAUCGACAUUAAGUAACUCCAGUACAGUGUGUCAGUUUCAUUGUGAUUCCUCACUACCCCCGUCUCCAAGUGCAAUCCUUCUUAAUGUUGAUGUUGGCCAAACAAGAAACAAUCGAAGAAGACCUGAACUUGACUAAUAUAAUUCCAGGUCACUUUAUCUUGAUCUCUCAAGUGCCAACCAUGAUAUGUUCGACUGUUACUUUUGAAAUCUUUAGAUAAUUUAUAUUAUCCUGGUAAAAAGGACCUCAUUUAACCGAAGAAAUUUCUUGUUGAAAAACUCCAUUAUAAUUACGACCUUUUUAUCAGGAUAACGAGGAAUUGACGUUGACGUUUCAGAUAUUGAUAUUUUUAGCCGAAAAAAGUAUUUUCUACUUUUAUGUAAUAAACCUAUACUUGUUCCACUUGACUUAAGGAUAACCGAAUUUUCUGUAAAGAUCUCAAUAUCUUCAAAAUAAUGUUGAAAUUUUUAAAUUUAUAUUUAUACGUAUUACCUACGUGUUUGUGGGCCAUUUCAGAAGAAAUCGCUAGAUAAAGAAGUAUACUUAUUGUGACUUUGUAAAUUCAAAAUAUUUAUCUAUCUAUAUAGAAAAGUAUAAAAUAAGACGUGUUGAGCCUUUGGGCUCAAUGUUUCACUUACUAAAUUGUAUGAAAAUUUAUAUAAAAAUAUUUAUUUGAUAAAACUUGAAUAGAAAGGAUUAACUAUUGAUGUUAAUUUGUAUAAUAUCGAGCAAUUUUUCGAGAGGAUACAAAUGAUGCUUCUGCAAUGGUAUACUUUAAUAUUCUUAAGUUAAAUUGAUCAAUAAACAAUUUUGUAUUAUACAGCUUAUUAUUUGUGAUUGGAUCAUAAUGCAUCCGUAUUUUUGUACAUUGUUUGUAUAUUUUGACUGAUUGUUUAGAAAGAGAGCAUUUAUUAAUAUAAGUUUUUAUGAUGUAAUAUUUUUAUUAAUUUAUUCGAUCAAUCAUAAAUCAACGUUGAGUUCCUAAUAUGAUCGAAUUACUUUACUGAAUGUUCAAGCGUACUUUUAUAAAAUAUGUAUAGCGCACAACGCGCACAAAUAUUAGACAAAGUGCAAACUCUAAGUCAAGUAAUAAAGAGUGAAUGGUGAUAAUUUUAUUGUAAA